CGCCCUCCGCUAUGUUGGGCGCGCACACAGUCGCCUAGGCUCAACGCUCCUCAGCCACCACCGCCGCCGGGGUGAGUGAGAAUUGAGAGAUAACGGUGCGCCUGGCGUCCUGAUUUCAGAGCGUCUUCGCUCUGGCCUCUGAGAAUCGCGCGUGCGCAAUCCUCCUCUCAUUCUCGGAACCCUCGAACAUGUACAUUGGAUGGUCGCGGAGGCGCGGCUAGAAGGCCGACCAAUCAGGACGUCGGGUUGUUGCGCUCCCUCACUGGCUGGCUUCCCCAUCUUCUCCUAGGCUUUUCUCUUCCCCUCUGAUCCCCUCACUGCCCCUGAUGCUUCUAGUUGGAUGACCCUGAGCCUCGGUUUACUCAUCUACAAACUGAAAGUAAAGUCAGGAAAUAAGAAAAGGCCACCCAUUGGCGUCACCCUCGUUAGCACCAAUCGGUGCCCUGUGGGCAUCUUCCCAGCCCUAUCUCCCGACUUUCCAGAAAGGAAGGGGACUCAGGGAAAACAGAUUCAGAAGGGAGGAGAGACAGAGAGAGGGAAGAAAGAGGAGAGGGAGACAGAGGGAAGAGAGAGGAAAGAAAGAGGAGAGAGAGACAGAGGGAAGAGAGAGGAAAGAAAGAGGAGAGAGAGACAGAGGGAAGAGAGAGGAAAGAAAGAGGAGAGAGAGACAGAGGGAAGAGAGAGGGAAGAAAGAGGAGAGAGAGACAGAGGGAAGAAAGAGGGAAGAGAGGAGAGAGGGAAGAAAGGAGAGAGACAGAGAGAGGGAAGAGAGAGAGAGAGGAGAGAGGGAAGAAAGAGGAGAGAGGGAAGAGAGAGGAGAGAGAGACAGGAAGAGAGGGAAGGAGAGAAGAGACAAAGACAAAGGAGAGAGAGAGAGAGAGAGAAUAUGAACUUUUUAAAGCAUUUAUUGUGUACUAGGCAUUGUACAAAGUUACUGGGAUACAGAUUCAGGGAGACCAGACUGCCCCUGCCCUCAUAGAUCCUAUGUUCUAAUUGGGAAACACAAAACAUAAAGGGAAGAAAAGCUUGGCGGGGGCUCCUCAUUCCCUCCUCCUGAGCAUGGAUCCAUUUAUUGUUCAGCUCUGGUCAACUGGCAUUUAUGAAGAAGCACCCACUGGGUGCCAGGCCCUGAGCUGAGCUUUGGCUGGAGAGACAAAGAAAGUAAAAGACAUCCCCAGUCUUUCUGAGGGGGGAAACCACCUGGAAACAACUACUGACAAAGAAGACUCCAGCACCAAGUGCUGGAAGGCAAGGCCAAUCCCUCUCAUUGGUCCCUUUUCUUCCCAGUAUAAAGACUCUGCCCUUCACCAAGAAAAUAGAAGAGAGGAUGACCCUGAUGCUCCUGACAGCCAAGGCCUGCCAGGCCUUGAAGACUCAAAACCAGAUGUGAUUGAGCAACUGGAACAACAGGGAGCACCUGGGAUGCGAGAAGGCGCUGUCCUAGCAAGCACUUGUCCAGAUUGGGAGACCAGACAUGAAACCAAGGAGUCAACUCUAAGGCUGGGCAUUACUAUGGAAGAGUUGUUCCAGGAAAGAUUAAAAAUGGAUGGUUCCUGUGUCUCCCAGUUGGUAGAAAGCAAGACCAGGUUAGAAAGACAGCAGAGUUAUAAGAAACAUCAUCAUCAAGCAAAAACUUUCCAAAGGGAAAAUUCCAAGAAAUUGAAGCACCAUAAAUGUAAGAAAUAUGAUCAAGGGUCAACUUUUGUUUCCCAACAAAAACUGUACUUUGGAAAGAGUUGCCACCAAUGUGAUAAACAUAGAAAGAGCUUCAGAUUAUAUUAUGACUCAAGUAAGUAUAAUAGAAUCUGUUUGAAGAAGACAUUUUCUAAGUAUGAUAAAAGUGAGAAAUCUUCCAGUUAUAAUUCAGACUUUUUAAAAUGUCAUAGAAUAAAUACUCAAGAGAAACCUCAUGAAUAUAAUGAAGGUAGAAAAACUUAUCAGAGCUCCCUCCCAACAAUCAGCAUUGGAGAGAAACUCCAUAAAUGUAAUGACUGUGGAAUGUCUUUCCUCAAUAGCCUACAACUAAUUGAACAUUGGAGCAUUCAUGCAGGAGAGAAACCUAAUGAAUGUAAUGAAUGUGGAAAGGUGUUUCGUUGGAGCUCAGGACUUACCGAACAUCAGAGAAUCCACACUGGAGAAAAACCUUAUAAAUGUAAUGAAUGUGGGAAGACUUUCAGUCAUAGGUCAUCCCUUACUUCCCAUUAUAGGAUUCAUAGUGGGGAAAAAACUUAUGAAUGUAAUGAAUGUGGCAAGGCCUUCUACUGGACCUCGGAACUUACUAAACAUCAGAGAAUUCAUACUGGAGAAAAACCUUUUGAAUGCAAUGAAUGUGGUAAAGCCUUUCACCAGAGCAUACACCUUAUUCAACAUCAAAGAACUCAUACUGGAGAGAAGCCUUAUAAAUGUAAUGAAUGCGGUAAGGCCUUUGGCCGAAUUGCACUCCUUACUGAGCAUAAGAGAAUUCACACGGGAGAGAAACCUUAUGAAUGUAGUGAAUGUGGAAUGGCCUUCCGGUGGAAUUCAGGACUAACUGAACAUCAGAUAAUUCAUAGAGGAGAGAAACCUUAUGAAUGUACUGAAUGUGGGAAGACUUUCAGUCGUAGGUCAUCCCUUACUUCCCAUCACAGGAUUCAUAGUGGGAAGAAGCCAUAUGAUUGUAAUAAAUGUGGCAAGGCCUUCUACUGGCUGUCAAAACUUACUAAACAUCAGAGAACUCAUACAGGAGAAAAACCUUUUGAAUGCAAUGAAUGUGGAAAGACUUUUAACCGAAAUUUGCAUCUUGUUCAACAUCAGGGAAUUCAUACUGGUGAAAAGCCUUUUGAAUGCAAUGAAUGUGGGAAGGCUUUCAAUCGAAGCAUACAUUUUAUUCAACAUCAAAGAAUUCAUACUGGAGAAAAACCUUAUGAAUGUAAUGAAUGUGGAAAAGCCUUCUGCCAGAGCUCAGGACUUACCAGACAUCAGAAAAUUCAUACUAGAGGCAAACAUUAGACAUUAGACAACAUUAGACAGACAGAUUUCUCAAUGAAUGUAAGAAGGCUUUUUGCCAGAACAAAAAAGCUUACCAAACAUCAGAGAACUAAUUAUUAAUCAGAGAAGGCUUACAAAUGAAAUUUAUGUGGACAGCUUCAUCAUAAGCUAGCCCUUCCAGUAUAGGAUUCAUAUUGGAGAAAAAACUCAUGAGUGUGAUGAGAGUGACAAGGUUUUCCAUAGGAACACAAAUUUAGUUUACAUUGUAGAAUUACUAGUUGAGAGAAUGAAUGUGAGAAAACCUUCCACAGGACCCUACAUUUUAUUGCUCAUCAGAAAAUUCCUACUGGAGAGAAAUCAUAAGGUUUAACAAAUAAUAGUAAUAAAUGUGGGGAAACCGGAAUCAGAAGUAUUACUCAAUAUCAGAGAAUUCAUACUGAGUAAAUUCUUUUUUUUUUUAA